GCUCCAAUCGGACGGAGGGGAGCUCCUGAAGGGCGGGGCUGCCGGGACGCCUGGGUUCCCAGGCCAAGUGUAGGAGGCAGAGCUUCCUGGCGGGACUCCGCCCUGAGCCCAUCCCGGCCGGGCCCCAGGCCCCCGGACCCUGGACUCCUCGGGAUCCGCCCUGGAUUCGGGAGCGCCGCAGCCAUGGGAUCUCAGGGCUCUCACCUGGAACGAGAACCCGAAUUGGACUUGAUCCAAGAGGAGACCGGCUUCUCUCUGGCCAACCUCAAUCGCCUCCAUCACCGCUUCCGGGACUUGGACAGGAAUCACAAGGGUUACCUAAGCCGGAUGGAUCUGCACAACAUAAAAGAACUGGAAAUGAAUCCUCUAGGGGAUCGCAUCAUCAACAGCUUUUUCCCAGAUGGGGGUCAGUGUGUGGAUUUCCGAGGCUUUGUCCGGGUCCUGGCCCACUUUCGACCAUUGGAAGAAGAGGAUCCCGUUAGGGACCCCCAGAAGCCUGAGCCUCUAAACAGUCGGAACAACAAACUGCGUUUUGCUUUUCAGCUCUAUGACCUGGACUGUGAUGGAAAGAUCUCAAAGAAAGAGAUGUUACAGGUCUUGAGGUUGAUGGUGGGGGUGGAGGUGACGGAUGAGCAGCUGGAAGUCAUUGCAGACCGCACAGUACAAGAAGCCGAUUUGGACGGGGACGGAGCCGUGUCCUUUGUGGAGUUUGCCAAGUCCUUAGAGAAGAUGAACGUGGAACACAAAAUGAGCAUCCGGAUCCUGAAGUGACCUCUUCCCCCGAGGCAUCUCCCCCACCCUCAAGGAACCCACUUCUAAGUCCCAGAGGCAUUCCCUUCCACCCCGGGGAUGUAUUCCUGGUAGAACUACCUUCUGUUCCUGGAGGGACCUGCCACCAGGCCUGGAAGAAUUCAUCUCCAGAGAGCUUCUCUCCUUUCAGAAGGACCCUGAAAAACCUUGCGGGGUUCCCCAGUGGAACCUGUUCCAGAGGGAUUUGCUCCCCCCAAAAAAAAUUAAUUUAGCCCAAUCUAGAGAAUCUAUGCUGCACCAUGGGAGGAACAUCCUCAUUUCUGAAAGGAUCCACCUCGAAGGGUCUCC